AUGUGUACGUCGGCCUCCACCGACGAGCCCAUCGUCACCGACGCGAUCGCGCAGCUGGUUGAGGGCUUCGACCAGCGCGGCAUCCUCCUCCACGGCAACUCCGUGGGCACCGAGGUCGAGACGCUGGGCGCCGAGGUCUCGGGGGCCCUCUGGAAGACGAGGGUGACGAAGAAGAGGUUCUGGCUCAUUCGGCAGGCCUUGAACGGCCUCCUGCGACGCCGCCGCCUCGCGGGCUGGGCGGUCGAGGUCCUGGUGGGCCACUGCACGUUUGCGGGAUUGCUGAGCAGAGGUACGUUGAGCGUAUUCCAUACAGUCUACGCUUUCAUGCGGAAGUCUUAUGCCGAACCGAGGGCGCUGUGGCCCGAAGCCCGCCAGGAGCUCGAAGCGUUCCGAGGCCUCCUCGUCUUCCUGGAGAGCGACUGGACGCUGCAGUGGAACGACCUGGCGGUGGCGACCGACAGCAGCCUGGAGGCAGGAGCGGUCUCGACCACCCAUUGGCCCCGAUCGCUGGUGGCCGAGGUGGGCCGCGCGCAGGAACGCGCCCGCUUCCGGGAGCCCGGGGCGGUCGAGACCGACGGGGCGGCGCUGGAGGCGGCUGGCUUCUGGCGCGACGCCGAUGGAGAGUGGCGGCUGGCCGAGGGCGUGAACGACGACGACGAGCUGGCCGCCGCGAGGGAGGCAGACCCGUCCUUCCCCGAGGUGCCCGCCGCGGGCUUGGCGAGCAGCCGCUGGCGCGCCAAGCAGGUGCAGCGCUGGCGAUUCGAGGAGGGCAUCCUUAUCAAGGAGGCCCGAGCGCUGGUGAUGGGCGCCCGUCGUAUCGCCCAGUCUGUGCUCGGUGCCGCCUGCCGUCAACUGAUCUUGACGGAUAACAUGUCAGUUGUACUAUCUUUUAGCAGGAGCCGUGCCAAAGAUUUUGCUCUCCUCGUCCAGGUCCGUAGGUUUCAAGCCUAUUGUCUCGCAAGAAAUCUGAAGGUGUCUGUAAGGUGGGUUCCGUCUGAGUUGAAUCCCGCCGAUUAUGGGUCUCGUGUUUUUUGA